GAGAGAUCAGGAGGGAGUAGCGCGUGUUUAGGAGCCGCGUUGAAUAGAAAAGCAGGCUAAUCAUGAGUACACGGUCAGAUCUGUGUUGGAAACCGGGUCUAACCUUGACGAAGAGUUAAAUCGGGAUCAAAGUCGUGAGCAUGCCCAGCGCCACGGUCCGAAGUUUAUGUGAAGUAGAGAAAUACCUCCAGAGCAGCAGCAGCAACAACCGGACGAUGGACCGGAGUGCUGAAAGCACUCUCCUGGGGAUCCCCUCAAUGCGCCGAGGCUCAUCAGAGAACAACUUGGACCUGGACUUCGAUGGUUCGACUUUGGGCUGUGAGGUCCAGCGCAGCCGCUCCUGUUUGGACAGCCUGCAGCAAAAGAUCCUUAAAGUUACAGAGCAGCUGAAGAUUGAACAGACGGCGAGGGACGAGAAUGUGGCCGAGUAUUUAAAGUUGGUCAAUAGUGCAGACAAACAGCAAAUGGGCCGUAUUAAGCAGGUUUUUGAGAAGAAGAACCAAAAGUCAUCUCAAAACAUUGCACAGAUGCAGAAAAAGUUAGAACAGUAUCACAAAAAGAUGAAGGAUAGUGAAAUCCAACAGACCACACCUCCACAUCCACCCAUGUUCAAACACAGCACUAUUCCCAGAGAGUCCUCCAGAGAGCUUUUAAAAGAUAUUACAGGCAGUGGACGGCACCCGACAAUGGACAAAAUCAAGACCAUAGGACCUGGUGUCUCUCUCUCCCCGCCUUUCUUUUUCAGUAAGCCUAGAGAGUUUGCUAAUCUAAUCAGAAAUAAAUUUGGUAGCGCUGACAAUAUUGAUCACCUCAAGUCUCCAGCCGACUCCAGCUCUCCCCUUCCCACAGACAGCACAUCAAAAGGCCUCAGCAGUAGCACCUCCAUGGUCGGCAAGCCCAAGUAUCCCAGUGACGACGAGUGCUCCUCAGGCAGUGCCUCUAUUUCAGACAGUAAUGGAAACACACCAGUGGCAGGAGGUGGUGCUACAGGGGGGCAGGUACGUGAUCAAGGCCCAGGACAGGAGCAGCAGAGCGUGGCAGAGGGUCAAAGCAAACUGGCCUUGUAUCUGGAGGAGGCGAGGGAGAUCAAAGAGGCCCAGAACCAGCUGGAGGAGGACCUGGAAGAGCUGAAGACACAGUUCAAGAGGGAGUAUGAAGCACUCAAUGACCUGCUGCUGGAAGAGAAGUACAGGUACGAGCAGCUGGAGGACCAGCUCAAUGAUUUGACAGAGCUUCAUCAGAAUGAGAUGGCCAAUCUUAAGCAGGAACUGGCCAGUAUUGAGGAAAGAGUGGCCUACCAGGCCCAGGAACGGGCCCGUGACAUACAGGAAGCACUGGAGUCCUGUCAGACACGUGUGUCCAAACUGGAGCUGCAGCAGCAGCAGCAGCAGCAGACUGUCCAGUUGGAGACCCAUGAUGCUCGGGUCCUGCUUGGAAAAACUAUCAACAUUAUGCUUGCCAUCAUCACUGUCAUCCUGGUCUGUGUCUCUACCGCUGCCAAAUUUGCUGCUCCCUUAAUGAGGAGUAGGCACCAUGUCGUAGCCACCAUUUUAGGGGUCUGCUUUUUGACCUUUUUCUGGAAAAACUGGGAGCGUUUGCAGCAUGUCAUAGACAGGAUGCUGCUUCCAGCCUGAUAAUAAAAGCACACAACACACAGUGUUGACUUAACAUACUGUCUGAAAUAGGAGUGUCCAAGAAGAUUGGUUGUACAAUCGUCAAAGACACAAUCAACAUGCAUUUUACAGUUUUUAAAAAGUCUGAAUUUUUAUGAUUCCUCAUUUAGAACUUGAAUCUGAAUAGCGAAACUAAGCUUUUCUUUCUUAUUUUAUAAUAACAAUACCAGUAUACCUUGGAGUAUUUGAUUGGUUCUAAUCAAAUUUCAAUACGAGGAUAAAAAAAGGUUAAUAAUAUAAAUUUUACAAUUGUAAACAUAAAGUUUAAGGAUUUUACCUAAUCUGGGCCAAAACGAUACAAAUUAAACAUAUUGGUACAUAUGGGUUUAGUACCAUCUUUUAGUGGAUUCAGAAAUAUUAUUACCAUUGAGGCCUAACACACAAUAAAUGGACACCAAUUAUUUUUACACAAUUAUCCACAAUGCUGUGAAUAACCCUGAAUAAACCUUUUUUCCAAGUUUACUUUUAAAGUGCAAUAUAAAUUUGAUUCACAAAAGCACUAUUUUUGAAAACUAUUCUUUCAAAAGCGCGUGUCAGAGUCAAGGAUGUAGCGGAGUGACAGGGUGUUGCUUUGGGGGGUGAGGGGGGCGAGGGAUGUUGUCAUUAUCGUUGGCAUGAUGGAUCCAUAACCACAGAAGCCACUGCUAGGCUAUGAUAAGACCAGCUGUCUCCUUUCUCAAGGGCCAAAAAUCAAUCCAACCACAUUACAGCACUGCUAGCAUGUCCAUAUCACCGCAAGACACACUUCACUGGCUCUCUCUCGCACGCCCAGCCAAUACUAAACAGUGUAUGUUCAAAAGGAUCACUGUCAGCGCUGCACAGUAUGGGAAAAAUUAUUCUGUUAAAUAUUACAAACUGAAAAGAAGUUUAGAUAUUUUAAUGUAUUUUAGCACAAUAAUAAUGCCAUCAAUCCAUAGCACAGGUGGGCCCUUUUUAGUCAAACUGUUGACACCACUUCAAACUAUGAAUAACACUAAAUCAAGACUCAUGUAAAGGACUGCUAAAUCUAACUUUUUAGUUAAAUUUGUCAUGUUUGUUUUAUUGUGUGGCCCCCAAAAAUGUUUAUUUCUUUUGUCCUAUUUAAAUGUCUAAAUAAUGUGAUUUUGCAUUGAUACUGUGAUUAAAGGCCAUUGCCUUUUUACUCCAAUGAUGAAAGAUGAGCCACUUUUUCUGGCUCUAACUAAGGAGAGAUACAAUGGACUGACCAAUUUCAUGAACACUGAGAAGAUGUUACAUGAAGAAACUACAGACACUUUAAAUACUUGUUGGCCAUAACAAGAUGUUUCUGUUAAUUUUCUUGAUGUUGUUUGUCGACUGAUCUUGAUCAUAUUUUUGUUCUUGUACAUGUUUUCAAAACUUUGACCCGUGGAACUACCACCUGGUUUACAUUCUUUCAUUGUGACCAAUCACCGAUAUUGUUUAUGUGCCUUUCUUAAAUUAAACCUUU